UCAUUAAAUUUGUCCUCACUUGCCUGGGAAAAUUCUCGAUCAAACGAUUGGGUCACAUUAAGCUAAGUGUUUUCCUUUCUGGGUACCACACAAAAUAAUGAAAAUUAGCGAAAAUCUUUGGAUUUUGAGGACUAUAGAUGGAUAAGUUUACGGUGCUUUGGGAAAAGGGUACAAAAGGAGGAUAGAUUUUGGGAUUAGAAACUUUGAUUUUCUGAGCUGGAUUUACUCCAUUCACGAUGGUUGAGCUUUCUUUGAUGGCUUCUCAUGGGUACCCUUCAGGUCCUGGGCUACUCUUUUGCCAAGAGCAGACCAAGGUCUUCAAGGGAGUUGUCAAGUGCUCUGGUAAUAGUCCUGGGCCUGCAGCCAAGAAGUUGCAGGACUGUCUCAAGUUCGUUUCCCAUUCCAUGACCCACUUUGGCGGGACCAUGUCGGGGUAAAUGAGCCACUUUGGAGGAGCGGUGUCUAUUUAUUGCUGGACUGCCAGCCCUAUUUUCCAAGUCAGCGAGUCAAACAUGAGAUAAGAAGACCAAACUCUCUUAGUCUGAGGCCACAUCAGCAUGAUGAAUCAUGGAGACCCAUGAAUGGAUUUUCUGAGCAUAACGGGCUCACCAAGAUUGACUCAACAGUUGGAAUGCCUGUACUCAUUGAUGUGCAAGAUACUUGCCCAGACUCAGUACUCUUUAGCUUUGGGAUAGCUGAACAAUGUAAACAUGAGAAAAUCUUGAAGUUUCUCAUGUCCAGAUCAAGUCAAAUAGAAAAAGGUGGAUUAGAUUCAUCUUUACUCUCUGACUUGAUGGGUCUUCAGGCAUUGACAUUGCAUGAGCAUCAGCAGCCCUGUGCUUCUCUCGUCUAUCCAAGUGGUAAAUGUGAUGCUGCAAAGCCUUUAGUGGACUUUGUGGGAGACAUGGCUCUUAGUUCUAAAAUUACUGUUCAUCCACGUGGUCGAGUGUUGUUCAUUGGCAGUGGGUCAGAGAUGAAGGAUAUCCUCUCUAUUGUUGCUGAGUUUUACUUGACAAAGAACUCAGCUAAGUGGACAAAGCAGUCAGUGCUUCUACCCCAAUUUAUCUGGCCUGAUACAAGUGAAGCACAAGCUAAUAUUCUUAGUUCUCCUUUGACGGUUAAAGAUGUGACAGCUGCACCUUUGAAGAGUCCUGAGAAAAUCAAGCUCAAGCCAUCAUCAAAGAAGAAGAAUGGCAGGAAAGUUGGCAGGGGGAGGGAUCUCUACAAAAGGAACUACUUCCAUGCAUGUGAGAGCCUUCUCUCCUUGAUGAUGGACAAGCAGCAUGGCAAAACAGCAAUCCUGUCAUUAAAGAAAUCCGGCCCUGAACUUCCCGCGCUAUUGACCAAAUUCUCUGCUGGCAUUGCUGGGACUGGCCUUGCAGUUCUUUUCUCCGUAGCAUGUAAAGUAGCUUGUGGGAGGGUUCCAUUCUGUGCAUCUAAACUCUUUAACACUGGAUUUGGAUUUGGGCUGGUCUGGCUUUCUUGGGCUGUAAAUAGACUGAGGGACACAAUUGUCUGUACAAGCAAGAAUGCAAGCAAUUUGGGUCUGAAGGAUGAGGAAAUGCUGAGGAGUGUAGAUAAAAGCAUUAAAGACGUAUACUUCAGAGCUGCAACUUUGAUGGCGAUAGCUGUGCUGAAGCUUGCAUGAUCAUGGAGUGGGUAUAAUGUCUCGAGUCUUGACACAUAAAAGCCGAUGGUUUGAAUAACAUAAAGGCCCAUGACUAUGACUGUAAAUUAUGUAGCCAAUAGUCAUGUUAAAGCUAUGAUUAGAGGGCUCAUUCUUAUUGCAAUUGCAAGUUUGUCUCAGACUGGCAAGCUGAAGUCAUAUCUGAUAAGAGACGGGAAACCUUAACAUGGGGUUGAGCUCCAAUGAGACUGAGCUGUGUCCCAUAAUCGGUUAGCGUUUUUUUACUUUUUUUUUUUUUUUUUGAACUUGUAACAAAUAUAGUUGAUUUCAACUUUGUUGUUAUAACUUGCAAUAAAUAAAUGUGAAUAUGUUACACAAA